UGGCUGGCGGGCAGCAUGGUUCAUUCCAGCAUGGGGGCUCCAGAAAUAAGAAUGUCUAAGCCCCUGGAGGCCGAGAAGCAAAGUCUGGACUCCCCGUCAGAGCACACAGACACCGAAAGAAAUGGACCCGACAUUAACCAUCAGAACCCCCAGAAUAAAGCGUCCCCAUUCUCUGUGUCCCCAACUGGCCCCAGCACCAAGAUCAAGGCUGAAGACCCCAGUGGCGAUUCAGCCCCAGCAGCACCCCCGCCCCCCCAGCCGGCUCAGCCUCAUCUGCCCCAGGCCCAACUCAUGCUGACGGGCAGCCAGCUAGCUGGGGACAUACAGCAACUCCUCCAGCUCCAGCAGCUGGUGCUUGUCCCCGGCCACCACCUCCAGCCACCUGCUCAGUUCCUGCUGCCACAGGCGCAGCAGAGUCAGCCAGGCCUGCUACCAACGCCAAAUCUAUUCCAGCUACCUCAACAAACCCAGGGAGCUCUCCUGACCUCCCAGCCCCGGGCUGGGCUUCCUACACAGCCCCCGAAAUGCUUGGAGCCGCCCUCCCACCCGGAGGAGCCCAGUGACCUGGAGGAGCUGGAGCAGUUCGCUCGCACCUUCAAGCAACGCCGCAUCAAGCUGGGCUUCACACAGGGUGAUGUGGGCUUGGCCAUGGGCAAGCUCUAUGGCAACGACUUCAGCCAAACGACCAUUUCCCGCUUCGAGGCCCUUAACCUGAGCUUCAAGAACAUGUGUAAACUCAAGCCCCUCCUGGAGAAGUGGCUCAACGACGCAGAGACUAUGUCUGUGGAUUCAAGCCUACCCAGCCCAAACCAGCUGAGCAGCCCCAGCCUGGGUUUCGACGGGCUGCCGGGGCGGAGACGCAAGAAGAGGACCAGCAUCGAGACGAAUGUCCGCUUCGCCUUAGAGAAGAGUUUCCUAGCGAACCAGAAGCCUACCUCAGAGGAGAUCCUGCUGAUCGCAGAGCAGCUGCACAUGGAGAAGGAAGUGAUCCGCGUCUGGUUCUGCAACCGGCGCCAGAAGGAGAAACGCAUCAAUCCUUGCAGUGCGGCCCCUAUGCUGCCCAGCCCGGGAAAGCCGACCAGCUACAGCCCUCACCUGGUCACACCCCAAGGGGGCGCAGGGACCUUACCAUUGUCCCAAGCUUCUAGCAGUCUGAGCACAACAGUUACUACCUUAUCCUCAGCUGUGGGGACGCUCCAUCCCAGCCGGACAGCAGGAGGGGGUGGGGGUGGGGGCGGAACUGCGCCCCCCCUCAAUUCCAUCCCCUCUGUCACUCCCCCACCCCCGGCCACCACCAACAGCACAAACCCGAGCCCUCAAGGCAGCCACUCGGCUAUUGGCUUGUCGAGCCUGAACCCCAGCGCGGGAAGCACAAUGGUGGGGUUGAGCUCUGGGCUGAGUCCAGCCCUCAUGAGCAACAACCCUUUGGCCACUAUCCAAGCCCUGGCCUCUGGUGGAACCCUGCCCCUUACCAGCCUUGAUGGCAGCGGGAACCUGGUGCUGGGGGCAGCCGGUGCGGCCCCAGGGAGUCCCAGCCUAGUAACCUCGCCUCUCUUCUUGAACCACACCGGUCUGCCCCUGCUCAGUGCCCCACCAGGCGUGGGCCUGGUCUCGGCGGCGGCUGCAGCCGUAGCAGCAUCCAUCUCCAGCAAGUCUCCUGGCCUCUCCUCGUCUUCUUCAUCCUCAUCAUCCUCCACUUGCAGUGAUGUGGCAGCACAGACCUCUGGAGGCCCCGGAGGACCCGAGGCGGGGUCCAAGGCUGAGUGAGAGCCGACCAUGCCUCCCCUCCUACUCCUCUGAGUCUCCUGACCUUGGUCCCCUGCCCAAGAGAGGGUAAGGAGGCUGGUGGGGGAUACGGUGGAUCCUUGGAGCAGGAGUGACAAAGGAGGAAAAGACCAAAAAUCCAACCAAAAAGAAAACAAAACAAAAAAACAACAAAACAAAAAAAUAAACAACAAAAAAAAAAAACAAAGAAACCAACCAACAACAAAGAAAACCAAAAAUAUUCACAACAGAAACCAGCUACCCUAAAGGAAAUAGAUGGAAAGCAAAGAAACGAACAACAACAACCAAACAACAACAAAAACAACAAUAAAACAACACCUCCAAACUAACCAAACCCCCCACCCCCAAACUGAACAAACCAAAAACCAGUCUUGAGCCAGAUCUUGGAGUGCUCACUGCUAUGACACCAAAUAAGAACCUUCAGCCAGGAGCGGAGCAGCCUCCAGCAGGUCGGACCUCAUGGGCAGAGCCCUGGCUGUGGGACCAACUCCUAACCUUACCCCACUGAGGGUGGGCAGAGAAGGAACCAGAGAAUGUGCCAGCUUGCUGGCCCAGCCCCAGCUCUGGGCCAAUGGAGACAGGUACUGCCUGGGGCAGGAGGCCCAGGGCCCAGAGCCACCUACCAAAUGGUCUUUUCCACAAGGUAAAAGAGGAAGGACCCGAACAACCUUUCACCAAAUACUCAGUAGCUUCAUCCAAAGGAUGUACAGAGUUUUUAGCGUUGCGCUCAACAGAAUGUGUGUCCCUUCUACGUGUUUCCUCUCCCCAGCCCCCCAGCUCUCCCCAACAGGGCAGGGGGUCUCGCUUUAACCCCUCCCCCCACCACCCCCAGCCUGGGGAGAGUUCAGAGGAAGGCCUGGGAAUGGGCUUUUUUGUCCUCUGCCCCUUUCUUUCUCCCUUUGAAGGGUGGGCUAGGCCAUUUUUUGCCGAGUUCCAGCUCUCAAAAGCCCCUCCUCAGCUCCCCCAUCACCUUUCUGCUCUGGAGUCUACCUCCUCCCCAGACUGUGGGAAGGUGGUCGGUUCAAGCAAAGGGGGAUACAGUGAGGGCAACCAAGUUGUCUUUCUUCCCAUCCUGUCUGUCAGUUUCCCUGAAAAAAAAAAUCAUAUUCCAGUGCCUAUCCGUGGGAUCUUCACGUUCUUUGACAUUAACCAGAAACCAAAAAGAUUAACUCGCCUCGCUCUGCCCACCCUACGCCCCCUAUGACACUGGCAGAUAGAUACCUCUCCCUUCCCUUUCCCUCCCCACCUUCCAAUGCACACACGCACACACCCCAGUGGUGGGCUCCGCCGGAUGGCAUCCCCAUCAGAACCGCAUGGUGGUGACAUCACCAUGACCUGUGGUUCCCCAUGCAAGUGGCUACCACUCCCACGAGACCUCCACGAGUCUUGGCUGGACCCUGUAUUUGCCUAGCUCUGGACAAAUCUCAACAGUGGACAGAGGAGACACUACUGGGAGCCACCAUGCCCUCCUACCAUGGAGGCCAACAAAGUUUUGAACCAAAAAAAAAAAAAAAAAACCAAAACAAAAAAACACAAAACCCAACAAA